GACCGUCGACACACAACUUUGUCACCCACGCACAGUUAAUUAAUUGGGAGCGCACCUACACUCUCUGUCCACUGUACAUCUCCGUCGCCAUCCUGCAACCCCCCUCCUGUAGCUAGCUAGCCGCAUCAUUUCUCGAUCUCUCCUCCUCCUUGUGUCAGUGUCACUCUCCUACCUCCACCAUAGCCGCUACCUCUAUCUAGCUAUAAAGGCCGGACCAUUGUGUGCCAUGUGAGACCCCUCUUCCUCGUCGUCCUCCUCCUAUCUCUCUUGCUUUCGAGCUCUGCUCAGCUUCUUGAUUCGGCCGAUCCAUCCAAGUAGAGGGACCGGUAUAAUGGGGUUCCCGGCGGUGUACUCGGAGAUGCCGAGGCUGCUGCUGAACCUGCUCUUCCUGCUCGGCCACCUGCGCCGCCUCUCCUCCUGGCUGCUCCGCCUCGUCGGCGCCGGCGUCGACGACGACCUCUGCUUCGACUACUCGGACGCCCCCGACUUCGCCCACUUCGCCGACCACCACCACCAGCACCACCAGGAGCAAUACCAGCAGCGCGACCACGGCCACGGCCUGGAGGAGCUGGAGGAGCACUCCCCGGCCGUGCGCUUCGACGCGCUCCCGUCCGACGGCGACGACGGCACGACGCCGCUGCUGCCGGAGGGCUGCGCGGUGUGCCUUGGCGACUUCCACGGCGCCGCACGGGUGCGCCGGCCGCGCGGGUGCCGCCACGUCUUCCACCGCGGAUGCCUGGACCGCUGGGCCGCGCACGGCCACCGCACCUGCCCGCUCUGCCGGGCUUCGCUCCUCCCGCCGGCGCCGGCGCCUCUGAGUCCCGUCCUCCUGCCCAUGCCGCUGCCGGCGUCGUGAUUGGCGCUGGGCAAGCUCGUUCGGGGUGCUGUUUGCAUAUAUGUUCGGCGACUAUUCUUGCGGCGGCAUCCUGCGGAGAGGAUUCCGAAUUCGUCGCUUCUGGUUGGGCUUUUAUGCAAAAACAAGCUCAACCGGCGAGAAGGGCCAAGGAGGCCAUGCGGGAGGGGGCGUCGAAAUAUUUUCCGAUAGCCCCUCGCCAGGAGAAAUUAUCACAAGACAAUCCCCAUGGGAGGGGAUUAGUUCCUGGUUUGAGCUUUGGUUUAGUUUGGCUUUGGACUCGAAUGGAUUUGGUGUCCGGUGCAAAAUCCAUAUACCAAGAAAGAAGAAAAGGAGAACAUAUGUAUGUACAUCAGACUUGAUUAGAUUAGUGGAAGUAAAUAGAGUGGUGAAUCCGAAUAUAUGCACGGCUUUUGCUCUGUUUGCUUUUCUUUUCCUUUUUAUUCUUGUUAUAAUAUUUCAUAGGACCAGCAUUUUCCAUCUUUACUUAUACUACUACUUCGCGAGGGGGUUGAAGAUACCACCUGGUUUUUUGCUACAUGUUUUGUGUGUUACACGCUCUAUUUGAAAUGCAUUGGAUCCGGACUACCUUAAAUUA